AUGUCUAAGAAGAAAGCACAAAAGAGGCUAGACAUGGAAGGUGAUACAUCCAUUAAUCUUGCAUUUGAGAUCAUAUUUUUUAUAUUUACUAGGCUUCCUGUUAAAUCGUUGUUACGUUUUCAAUCUGUUUCUAAAUCAUGGAAUGUUAUAUUAGUUGAACAAAAAUUCAAGAAAGCUCAUCGUGAUCAAUCCAAAGCAUUGGGCCGCGAAAAGCUCAUGAUACAAAGAAAUAAUGGGAAUUUCGAGUUGAGAGACUUGGAAAUUGGUCAUUCUCAAUUAUGUUUGAUUGAAGAGCAACUAUUUCCUCUAAAAAGAUUUCAAUGUGGUGAAAUCUUGUGCUCAUGUGAUGGUUUGGUACUUUUAAAGGCCAAUAACUCCGAUAAAGAGUAUGUUUUGUGGAAUCCAUCUACAAGAGAAUAUCGAAUUCUUGAUUCAGGUCCUUAUUUGAACAACCACGAAGAUGGAUGUCCGAAAGCUUGUGGGUUGUGCUAUGAUUCAAAUCUUGAUGAUUACAAGGUUAUACUGAUAUAUAACUCGUUUUAUGUUGUCUACUCUUCGAAUAAAAGUUGUUGGACAAAGAAAACAAGUUUCCCUUGUCCAAUACGACUAUUUAAUAAUCGUUGCUCUCAAGGGAUUAGCACGGGAGAGAGUGUAUUUUGGUCUUUGAAUUGGUGUUUAAUCAACCAAUAUGUAGAUAGUCAAACUUCUACAAUCAUAUACUUUGACGUAAAGUCAGAUGUACUGAAGAAACUUUCACUACCCGAAUUUAUAGGUGUGAACGGUUUCUUUAGUUUGAAUACUUUGAAAGGUCGUCUUAGUUUAUAUGGAGGAACAUACCAUGACAAAGAAUUGGACAUAUGGAUUAUGGAACAAGAUGGAUGGAAAUGGUUAAUGAACGUGUGCAACUUGCCCUAUAUUUGCAUAAAGUUUGUACAAGAUAGAAAGCUUUUGUGGUGCAGUAAAAAUGGUGAAAUUAUCUUUCAUGGACAAUGGAAUCAACAACUUAUCAUCUAUUAUCCUAAAAGGAAACAAUUCGUUACAGUAGCUGAUAUGUCCAAAGAUUCCAUGUAUGCCACGGCGUUAACAUGUUUGGAUAGUUCAUAUUUUCCAGGACUCAAUGUCAAGGAGGAAGUAACAGUUCCAAGACUCAGAGAUGGAGCCAUGAUUUGA